AUUCGCUGCGACUCUUCAGUCUUCAUCGGCUUCUCCAUUUCAUACCACACAUUCACAGCGUUCCACUUUCUUUCUCUCUCUCUCUCUCGCCAGUCUCGCUUCUUCUCUCGAUUGUCUACGUACGUCUUUCGAACCCAUGACAAGCGAGGGAGGCGGAGCCGCCGCAGACCGCAACCUGUUGGUGGAGCACACCAGUUUCCGGCGCCCCAUGUUCGGCACCUUCCUCCACUCCGAACCCACCCUCUCUCUCGACCAAGACGAUACCAUUUUCGAUGAUUCCCAAAGUCCCCGAUCGUUCGAUGGGUUCUAUAACGGCGACGGCUCUCAUUCUCCCUUCUUCAUGUGGCCGCUCAACCACCCCUCGCCCUACAACAAGUCACCGUGGGUUCGGGCCUCGCCUUUGAUGCCGCCCGGCGAAUCCAAGAACUUGAUCGGCUCUCUUGUUCGUGAAGAAGGCCAUGUCUACUCACUAGCCGCCUCCGGCGGGCUGUUAUACACCGGCUCCGAUAGCAAAAACAUUCGGGUCUGGAAAAAUUUGAAGGAUUUUUCUGGGUUCAAAUCGAGCAGUGGAUUAGUAAAGGCCAUUGUCAUCUCCGGCGACAAGAUAUUCACCGGCCACCAAGACGGGAAGAUUCGGGUCUGGAAGUUCUCGGCCAAGAACCAGAAGAAUCCAUACAAGCGAAUCGGGAGUCUCCCCACGAACAUAGACUUUCUAAGAUCCUCGUUUAAUCCAAAGAGCUACGUCGAAGUACGGCGCCGCCGCGUGCCGUGGAUCAAGCACUACGACGCAGUUUCCUGCCUCAGCCUGGACGAGGAUCAAGGCCUUCUGUAUUCAGGCUCCUGGGACAGAACCCUAAAGGUCUGGCGAAUCUCCGACUCCAAAUGCCUGGAAUCCAUCACCGCCCACGACGACGCCGUCAACUCCAUCGUCGCAGGCUUCGAAGGCUUGGUCCUUACCGGCUCCGCCGACGGAAUGGUCAAGGUCUGGAGCCGGGAAUUACUGGGUAAGACCUCGAAGCAUACGCUCAUUCAGACCAUUCUGAAACAGGAGAGCGCUGUGACGGCGGUGGCCGUGAACUCUGCCGCGCAACUGAUAUACUGCGGCUCGUCGGACGGUUUGGUGAACUUCUGGGAGCGCCAGAAGGAGCUGACCCACGGCGGCGUGCUGCGCGGGCACAAGCUGGCGGUGCUUUGCCUGGCGGCUGCGGGGAGUUUGGUGUUUAGUGGGUCGGCGGACAAGAAGAUAUGCGUGUGGAGGCGGGUGGAGGGUGGGGACCACGUCUGUCUCUCGGUGCUCGGCGGCCACGUCGGGCCGGUGAAGUGCCUGGCGGUGGAGAAGGACCGGGAGCGGGAGGGGGCGAAAGGGGAGCAACGGUGGAUAUUGUACAGCGGGAGCCUGGACAAGUCAGUGAAGGUGUGGAGGGUGGGGGAGCAGCUGCCGGAUUUGAGGCAGUUGCAUUACGUGUGAGAGAUAUUGAGGUGCCGCCGGGAACGGUGGUGAUGGAUGGAAAAGGUAUGAUUUUGAAGCACGCGGGAUCUUAGAAACGUAGUAACGGUCCAGUCCCCCCAAUUAUUUAUGAAUACAGUGUGCGAUCAGAUCAGUGAUGAAUGAUGAAUCGACCCACCAUGCACGUUUCGAAGAAGAAUAAGAAACAGUGAAGUGGGUACUUUUUAGGAUGAGUAAUAGUAUUCAUCUAUAUAUAACAGAGAUAAAUAGCAGUUUAUGUGACCGUAUUUGAACUCUCCUUUAUCUCUAUUGAAGAUGAAUAACAUUAGUCUUUUAAGAUAUAAGAUUAGGUGCACCUCUCUCAAUUGUCAUUAUGUAAUAA